AUGUAUCUCCGCAACGGGUUAUACUCCUUCCUCUUUCUAGCGGCCAUCUCAUCCGCCGCUUCAGAUAAUGGAACAACAAACAUUGAGUCCACAAUCACUACAUCUAAAGCUGUCAGUUUGAAUAACGUUACAACAGUAAAUGGAAAUACUGAUGUCACAGAAACGUACAACACGACUGAUGCGACUACUUCCGCCAGUAGUACCAGUGAUUCUGCGACCUCGUCUGUUACAACUGAGGAAACAACAGAAUCACAAGGUAGUACUCAAUCCUCCGCAACAGUCUUAGUAACGGAAACGACAACUGAAAAUUCAGCAACAUCUGAAAAUGCAAUGACUACUACUGAUAAUUCAGCAGUGAUUGGGGAAACGACAACUGAAACUCAGUUUAUCGACAUCCUUGGAUCAUUCGAUAGCGAAGAAGAAUCUAAAUUUUCUACGUCUACAACAACAACACCCACAACGACUGAGUCGUCUGAUGAAGCUCAAAUGAAUAAAACAAAGAAAAUUGAAAAACUGAGUGACCAAAUCAGAGCGGUAAUAAACCAUUAUAAGAAGUAUGGAACGGUGACCGUCCCAGACGCUUCAGUACCUGACCCAAUGCCUCUGCCCAAAAUUAAAAAGUCCUUUGGUGGCUUCGACAUGAACUUUUUCAACCAGAAAGUAUACGGACUCUCCAACUACAGUAUCGAGCAUGUCAACACCGACCUAGACAAAAUGCAAGUCUAUGUUGCUGUUUACAUGAAUCAAUUGAUUAUACUUGGCAACUAUUCAGCAAACGCCUGGUUCAAGAAGGUAGCGGGACCUUUCAAUGUAACACUGCGGUACGUCGAAGCAAGUGGAGCUGCUGCACUCCAAAGAGACGCCUUAGGAAACAUCCAAGCUUCGGAUUCGGAAAUGGAUAUGACUUUCAUGGAUUCUAGAGUUAAAUUUGGAAACAUGGGUGUUAUGGGUACAUUAUUACAGGGAGUUGUAGCUUCAGCGGGUCCUGCUUUAUUCGAUGCUGUGAAACCUGUAAUUCUAAAAGAAAUCAAUGAAAGAGUACGACAAGACGUAAAUAAAAAAAUUAAAACUAUAGGAACGAGGUUUACUGAAACUAAAACCACACCACCAUUAGAACUUGCUAUACAAGAAGCCAGAAAAUACGUUAAAGAAAAUGGUUACGAUCCAUACGAGCUUGAAAACUACGGGGUCAAAUACAUGCCUACCAAUAAUAGUAUUUUUCAGGUAAAUAUUUCUAACCUUGUUCUGACUGGACUAUCUGACUUCCGAAGGGUCGGCGAAGUAUCGUUGUCGAUGGAUGCUGGAACGAUUCAGAUAGGUCUACACUUGGCAACAUCAAAAUUGAAGGGCAAGUGCAUGUGGAGCGUCACCAUUGGAAAGUCUUUUAAAAGAGUAGGACAUACAAAUUUCACAGUGGACUAUGUACAAGGAAGAGGCAUCAUCUACCAAUCAUUGAACAUAACCGAACAUCCGACAUUAAAAGAUAUUGACAUAAAUGUCGGUAAGGUAAAAGUACAAGUGAAAGGUACAGGCCCGUUUGACAUCCUGGUUGAAGCUGCUGUCAAUACGCUUCCCGAUCUCAUCAGGCAUAUUAUUGUCGACGCUAUAGAAUUACCCGUUAAGUUUGCUGUUCAGCAUAUGCUUAGUGAAGUCGAUGUUGAAGAAAUGUUAAACAAGCAACUGCCAGAAUUAGAUAAAAUGGGACUAUAA